AUGGAGAGUCAGCAAAUACAAAGCCUGGUGGAAGCAAUCUCCAAACAAGCGGCUAAUCCUCCACCACAAAAGGAACAAGCACAGGCAGCACCACCUUUCCGUGCUUUUGAUGCUUCAAGAGAAGAAUGGCGAGAAUAUUUCGCGCAGUUGCAGGCGCACAUGACAGUCUACAAAAUCACGGAGACUGUGAUGAACAUCAUUGAAGCCCAAGAUACUUUUGACUAUGCUGAGUGUGAGUUAGAUCAGCCAUGUAUUUCUCAAAUUGCCUGUGCUAAGCAAGUUAUGUCACGCCCGCGGCCCCACCGGCAGAGUCAGACUCCGCGCCUUCCGACUUCGCUGCCGCCCCCAGGGCAGCAGCAGCAGCCGUCGCCGCUACCACGCCGACAGCCCGUCCCGUUGAUGCCUCCCGCGGAGCUUCAUCCGGGAGCGCCCCAGGUGGUCGCUCCGGCGCCUGCGGUCCCUCUUCAGUCGCCACCGCCUUCGGAGCUGAUGGACGUCGACCCCUCAGCCGGGCCACCUUCCCAAGCGGUGGCUGUGCAGCCUGUCCUGCAGCCGCUUUACUUGGGCACCCCCAAGGAGUCUGACACCGCAGCGCCUUGUCCGGCGCCCACUCAGCAGCCGUCGACGCAGCGUCAGGAGACGCUGCCUCUCUUCGUGGGUCCCGACGCCCCGUCGCGUCCAGUACCAGAAGCUGCGCCCGUGGUCACAGGCGUGCACCCUGACCUCGGUUUUCAGUCGGUGUUUCCCGAGGCCCCGCGCAGCCAAUGCUGGGGUGCGGACCGGGGACUGCCACCGACAACAGUCUCCGUCCCGGCAGAUACUAAAGCAAGUUCAGACGGUAAACAAACACUCUGA